CCCUCUCUUUACAUUGGCCUCCGCGCGGGGUCUCCGGCGCCAGGACCUCUAUAUAAGCCCGCGGUGACCCAGCGCGCUGCCCUUCUCGCAAGCUGCAAGGUUUGCGCGCACCCAGAAAGGAGCAAGAGGCAGCGAGAGUGCUCCCGAAGAUGCCCGGCAGCCCGUCCAGGCGGCUGCUUCUCGCGCUGCUGAGCCUCUGCUUGGGGGCCGGAGUCCAGGGCGCCAAGGUCCCCGCGGAGAAGACCCGGAGGCAAGCCCAGCACAUCGUCCAGCCCCCGGUGCCGGCCGGCCAGAGCAAACCUGGCUGCUAUGAUAAUGGGCAGCACUAUCAGAUAAACCAGCAAUGGGAGCGCAUUUACCUGGGGAACACUCUGGUCUGUACCUGUUAUGGAGGGAGCAGAGGGUUCAACUGCGAGAGCAAGCCUGAGGCGGAAGAAACCUGCUUUGACAAAUACACUGGAGCUACAUAUCGAGUCGGGGAGACUUACGAACGACCGAAGGACUCCAUGAUCUGGGACUGUACUUGCAUUGGGGCUGGCCGUGGUAGAAUCAGCUGCACUAUUGCAAAUCGCUGUCAUGAAGGAGGUCAGUCUUACAAGAUUGGGGAUACCUGGAGAAGGCCUCAUGAGACAGGUGGCUACAUGUUGGAGUGCGUGUGUCUUGGCAACGGGAAGGGCGAAUGGACUUGCAAACCAGUUGCUGAGCGGUGCUACGAUAAUUCUGCUGGGACUUCCUAUGUUGUUGGAGAGAUCUGGGAGAAGCCCUAUCAGGGAUGGAUGAUGGUGGAUUGUACUUGCUUAGGAGAAGGCAGCGGACGCAUUACCUGCACUUCCAGAAACAGGUGCAAUGAUCAGGACACCAGAACAUCUUACAGAAUUGGAGAUACCUGGAGUAAGAAAGACAACAGAGGGAAUCUGCUUCAGUGCAUCUGCACAGGGAAUGGCAGAGGGGAAUGGAAGUGCGAGAGGCAUUCAUCUCUCCAAACCACAGGCAUAGGAACUGCGUCUGCUACCCUCACAGAUGUGCAAACGGCGCUCUACCAACCUCAGUCCCAGCCUACUCCAUAUGGGCACUGCAUGACUGACAACGGCAUGGUGUACUCUUGGGGAAUGCAAUGGCUGAAGACACAGGGGAGCCAGCAUAUGCUGUGUACUUGUCAGGGCAAUGGAGUCAGCUGCCAGGAAACAGCUGUGACCCAAACCUACGGUGGCAAUGCCAAUGGGGAACCUUGUGUCUUACCCUUCACCUAUAAUGGGAGGACUUUCUACUCCUGCACUUCUGAAGGCCGAACUGAUGGGACUCUGUGGUGCAGCACAACCUCCGACUUUGAUCAGGACAAGAAAUACUCUUUCUGCACAGAACAAAAUGUCCUGGUUCAGACACGUGGUGGUAACUCCAAUGGUGCCUUGUGCCACUUCCCUUUCCUCUACAACAACCAGAAUUACACUGAUUGCACUUCUGAGGGGCGGAGAGACAGUAUGAAGUGGUGUGGAACCACCCCAAACUAUGAUGCUGAUCAAAAAUUUGGAUUUUGUCCCAUGGCAGCUCAUGAGGAAAUCUGUACCACCAAUGAUGGAGUCAUGUACCGUGUUGGAGACCAGUGGGACAAACGGCAUGACAUGGGCCAUAUGAUGAGGUGCACUUGUAUGGGAAAUGGGCGUGGAGAGUGGACCUGCAUUGCUUAUUCUCAGCUUAGAGACCAGUGUAUAGUUGAUGGGGUCACCUAUGAUGUAAACCAGACCUUCCACAAACGCCAUGAGGAAGGACACAUGUUGAACUGUACAUGCUUUGGUCAAGGUCGGGGAAGAUGGAAAUGUGAUCCUGUUGACCAGUGCCAAGAUUCCGAAAGCCAGACCUUUUACCAGAUUGGGGAUUCAUGGGAGAAGCACGUCCAUGGUGUCAGAUAUCAGUGCUAUUGUUAUGGACGUGGUAUAGGAGAGUGGCACUGCCAGCCUUUGACUGCAUACACAGGUUCUACUGGCCCUGUCCAAGUUAUUAUCACAGAUGUCCCAAUUAAUCCUGAUUCUCAUCCUGUCCAGUGGGUCGCACCUGAAUCCUCUCACAUUUCCAAGUACAUCCUCCGAUGGAAACCAAAAAAUUCUAGAGUCAAGUGGAAAGAGGCCACCAUCCCAGGCUAUUACAAUUCUUACACUAUCUCAGGCCUGAAACCUGGUAUCGUUUAUGAGGGGCAGCUUAUUAGUGUUCAGCACUAUGGCCAGAGAGAAGUCACCCGUUUUGAAUUUACCACCUCUAGCACCACAGCUAUUUCAAGUACUCAUGUGAUAGGAGAAACAACAGCGCUUCCUUCUGUGGUUUCUAUCUCAGAAUCCAUCACAGAAAUUACAGCCAAUAGUUUUGUGGUUUCCUGGGUUUCCGCUUCAGCCACUGUCUCGGGAUUCCGUGUGGAAUAUGAACUGAGUGAAGAUGGGGAUAAGCCCAAGUACUUGGAUCUUCCAAGCACAGUCAAUUCAGUUAGUAUCUCCGACUUACUUCCGGGUCGCAAUUACAUCGUCAAGGUCUAUGAGGUCUCAGAAGAGGGAGAGCAGGAUUUAAUUCUGUCCACCACACAGACAACGGCACCCGAUGCUCCUCCCGAGCACCAUGUGGAAAAGGUUGAUGACACUUCAAUAGUCGUGAGCUGGAACAGACCAGAAGCUCCAAUCACAGGUUACCGAAUUGUCUAUACUCCAUCCGAGGAAGGCAGCAGUACAGAACUCAACCUACCAGAGUCUGCUACCUCGGUGACGCUCAGUGAUUUGAUGCCUGGUGUUCAAUACAAUAUUAGCAUUUAUGCUGUGGAAGAGAAUCAGGAGAGCUCUCCUAUUUUCAUUCAGAAGACAACCACAGGAGCGCCAGAGGAAGGUGUGAUUCCUUCACCCAAGGAUUUGCAGUUUGUGGAAGUCACAGAUGUCAAAAUCACCAUCAUGUGGACACCCCCUGAAAGUGCUGUGACCGGCUAUCGCGUAGAAGUGAUCCCAGUUAACCGCCCUGGUGAACAUGGUCAGAGGCUGCCCGUUACUAGGUAUUCGUUUGCUGAGGUCACAGAGCUUCUGCCUGGAACAACCUAUGUUUUCAAGGUCUAUGCCCUGGGACAAGGCACAGAAAGUGAGCCACUGACUGGAGAACAAACAACCAGACUGGAUGGCCCAACUAACCUGCGUUUUGUCAAUGAGACGGACUCUACUGUGCUGGUGACCUGGAGGCCCCCUCGUAGCCGCAUUGCAGGAUACCGGCUUACUGUGAGCCUCACAACAGGAGGGCAACCCAAAGAGUUCACUGUGGGGCCAUCAGUCACCAGAUACCAGCUGAGGAACUUGCAGCCUGGCUCUGAGUACACUGUGUCCCUGGUGGCUAUCAAAGGAGACCAGCAAAGCAACCCGGAAACAGGAAUCUUCACAACUUUACAGCCCUCAGGCACUGUUCCUCACUAUACCACUGAAGUGACAGAAACAUCUAUUGUUAUUACCUGGACACCAGCUCCAAGAAUUGGGUUUAAGCUGGGUGUGCGACCAAGCCAAGGUGGAGAAGCUCCAAGGGAGGUCAUCUCUGAGUCUGGGAGCAUUGUCAUCUCGGGUCUGACUCCUGGCGUGCAUUACGACUACACCAUCACAGUACUCAUGGAUGGUCAAGAGAGAAUCACACCCAUCACCAAGACAGUAGUUACACCUCUGUCACCACCAACCAACUUGGAACUUGAUUCCAACCCCAAAACUGGAAUCCUCACUGUCUCAUGGGACAGAAGCCCAUCUCCAGAUGUAACUGGAUACAGAAUUACUACCGUCCCUACAAAUGGACAACAAGGUUUCACUCUAGAGGAAGAAGUUGAUGCUGAACAGACAUCCUGCAUCUUUGAAAAUCUGAGUCCCGGAGUGGAAUACAAUGUCAGUGUUUACACAGUCAAAGAUGACCAGGAGAGCUCACCCAUCUUUGAAACCAUCACACAAGAGGUGCCCCACCUCACUGACUUAAGCUUUGUCGACGUAACUGAUACAAGCAUCGGCCUGAGGUGGACCCCACAAAAUGCCUCCACCAUUAUUGGCUACCGCAUCACAGUAGCUGCAGCAGGAGAAAGUGUCCCCAUUUCUGAAGAUUUUGUGGACUCUUCAGAGGGACACUAUACGGUCACAGGCUUGGAGCCGGGCAUUGAUUAUGAGAUCAGCGUAACCACACUCAUUAAUGGCGGAGAGAGUGCCCCUGCUACGCUGACUCAGCAAACUGCUGUCCCUCCUCCCACUGAUCUGCGUUUUACCAAUGUGGGCCCUGACACCAUAAGAGUAACUUGGACUCCACCAACAUCCAUUGAACUGACCAACUUCCUCGUUCGUUUCUCACCUGUGAAGAAAGAAGAGGAUGUUGCAGAGCUGUCUAUCUCACCAUCUGACAAUGCAGUGGUUUUAACAAAUCUUCUCCCUGGCACUGUGUAUUUGAUCAGGGUUUACAGUGUAUAUGAACAACGUGAGAGUAAACCUCUGAGCGGAGAGCAGAAAACAGGCCUUGAUUCCCCAACUGGGCUUGAUUUCUCAGAAAUAACAGCCCAUUCUUUCACCGUCCAUUGGAUUGCUCCCCGUGCCACCAUCACUGGCUACAAAAUACGCCAUUCCCUUGAGCAAGGGGGAGGCAGAUCCAAAGAAGUCCGCAUUGCUCCAUCUCGCAAUUCCAUCACACUCACUGACCUGGUUCCAGGGUCUGAAUAUGUGGUGAGCAUUUCUGCAUUCAACGGCAAAGAGGAGAGCUUGCCUUUGAUUGGACAGCAAAGUACAGUUUCUGACGUUCCAAGAGAUCUGCACGUCACUCCCACUGGGCCCACCAGCCUGGUCAUCACCUGGGAGGCUCCUGCCGUUACCGUCAGAUACUACAGGAUCACAUAUGGAGAAACAGGUGGCAGUGGGCCUGUUCAAGAGUUCACUGUACCUGGACACGUGUCCACUGCAACAAUCCCUGGACUUAAGCCUGGAACAGACUAUACCAUCACUGUGUAUGCAGUCACUGGACGUGGAGACAGUCCAGCCAGCAGCAAACCAGUCACUGUCGACUACAGAAUAGAGAUUGAUACGCCAUCCCAGCUACAAGUGACUGAUAUUCAGGACAGCAGCAUAACUGUGCGAUGGGAGCCUUCUUCUUCCCCAGUUACUGGUUACAGAGUGACAGCUGUUCCCAAAGAUAACCAUGGUCCCACAAAAACCAGAGUUCUCUCUGCAGAUCAAACUGAAGUUACAAUUGAUGGACUGCAACCUACAAUUGAGUAUGUAGUUAGUGUCUACGCCCAAGGUCAAAAUGGAGAAAGCCAGCCUCUGGUUGAGACAGCUGUCACAAACAUUGACCGCCCUAAAGGACUGACAUUCACUGAGGUGGAUGUCGAUUCCAUCAAAAUUGCUUGGGAAAGCCCACAGGGGCAAGUCACCAGGUACAGGGUGACCUACUCAACCCCUGAGGAUGGAAUCCAUGAGCUAUUGCCUGCUCCAGAUGGCGAAGACGACACUGCAGAGCUGCAUGGCCUCAGGCCUGGUUCUGAGUACACUGUCCGCAUCGUUGCCUUGCACAAUGGUUUGGAGAGCCUACCUCUGAUUGGGACCCAGUCCACAGCAAUCCCACCUCCUAUGAACCUGAAGUUUACUCAGGUUGCUCCAACCAGCCUGACAGUCACCUGGACUGCACCUAAUGUUCAGCUUACUGGAUACCGAAUCAGAGUGAACCCCAAGGAUAAGAACGGGCCAAUGAAAGAAAUCAACCUCUCUCCAGAUAGCACAUCUGCUGUUGUCUCGGGACUCAUGGUGGCAACCAAAUAUGAAGUCAGCAUCUAUGCUCUGAAGGACUCUCUGACCAGCAGACCUGCCCAGGGUGUAGUCACUACCCUAGAGAAUGUCAGCCCUCCCCGCAGGGCACGUGUCACAGAUGUCACAGAGAGGACCAUCACAAUCGUCUGGCGUACCAAGACUGAGACAAUCACUGGUUUCCAUAUUGAUGCUGUCCCAGCAAGUGGUCAAAAUCCUGUCCAACGAACAAUUGGCCCCGAUUUUAGAACCUACACGAUCACUGGCUUGCAGCCCGGCACCGACUACAAGAUUUACAUCUACACCCUGAACGGCAAUGCUCGCAGUUCCCCAGUAGUGAUUGAUGCUUCCACUGCCAUUGACGCCCCCUCCAACCUCCGCUUCCUUACAACCACAAGCAACUCCCUGCUGCUCACUUGGCAGCCACCCCGGGCCAAGAUCACAGGAUACAUCAUCAAGUAUGAGCAGGCUGGUGGGCAGCCUAGGGAGGUGCUUCCUCGUCCCCGCCCAGGCACUACAGAGGCCACUAUUACAGGUCUGGAGCCCGGAACAGAAUAUGUUAUCUAUGUAUUUGCUGUGAAGAAUAAUCAGAAGAGUGAACCAUUGAUUGGAAGAACAAAAACAGAUGAGCUUCCUCACCUAGUAACGCUGCCACACUCUGGCCAAGGUGUGUCAGAGAACCUGGAUGUGCCCAGCGCUGCGGAGAACACACCUUACCUCACCAACAACCCGCAUGAUAAUGGAAAUGGUAUCCAACUUCCAGGGACUUCUGGUCAGCAGCCUAUAUUGAGCAAGCCAGGCCAACAAGUCAUUGUGGAAGUAUAUGGGUCUCGGACCCCUACCACUGCCACCACCCCAGUGAGACGUAGGCCAAAUGUGCAGCCUGGAGACCUACCAGAUGUGGAUGAAAAUGUUUAUUAUCCCCACAACCUUCUGCCCAAGAAUAAUCACACGAGGCUCCAGGAAGCAGUUUCUCAGACAACCAUUUCUUGGACGCCCUAUUCAGAGAGCACGGAAUACAUUAUCUCUUGUCAACCUGUUGGUGCCGAGGAGGAGCCUGUAGAGCUCAGAGUUCCUGGCACAUCGUCAAGCGCUACACUUACUGGUCUUACUAGAGGUGCCACCUACAACAUCAUAGUGGAGGCAAUUAAAAAUAGGAGAAGGCACAAAGUCCUUGAAGAGGUGGUCACAGUGGGCAAUGCUGUUUCUGGAACAUCAAACCAACCAACAGAUGACUCAUGUUAUGAUACAUUCACUGGCUCCUUCUACUCUGUUGGGGAGGAAUGGGAAAGAAUGUCUGAAACUGGAUUUAAACUCUGGUGCCAGUGUUUAGGCCUUGGCAGUGGACACUUCAGAUGUGACUCUUCAAAGUGGUGUCACGACAAUGCUGUGAACUAUAAGAUUGGUGAGAAGUGGGACCGGCAAGGAGAGAAUGGACAGAUGAUGAGCUGCACUUGCCUUGGGAAUGGAAAGGGAGAAUUCAAAUGUGAACCUCAUGAAGCAACAUGCUAUGAUGAGGGCAAAAUGUACCAUGUAGGAGAGCAGUGGCAGAAGGAAUAUCUUGGGGCUAUCUGCUCCUGUACUUGCUAUGGAGGACAGCAGGGCUGGCGUUGUGACAAUUGUCGUAGGCCAGGUGCUGCGCUCUCACCUGAAGGUUCUCCUGGUCACACCUAUUCACAGUACUCACAGAGACAGCAACAAACUUCAAAUACUCAGAACGUCCACUGCCCGAUUGAGUGCUUCUACCCUUUGCAUCUACAAGCAGAGACGCAGAAUCGACGAGGAGACUAACACCAGCCAAGGAAAGUCUUUCUUGCCAAGACCAUCCGCUCUAGAAUGCUGCUAGAGGAAAGCAGGUCUGCUUAGGGUGGCCAGAGUGCCUUUCUCGGCUUUUGCUCAACUCACAGCUUCUCCAAGGGAGGCCACUCUUGGAGUGUCUCGAGACUUCUUUUCACAAAGGAUAGUUGUAUACUGUCUUGUCUUUUGCUCAGUGUUUCAAUACCAUUCAGUAUUUUCCCUGAAGACGACUCAUACUAACUCAUAAUUUGCUCAGCAACCAGUAUCCGUAAGGAGGCUCUCCUGCCAUAGGGAAUGAAUGAAAACCCAAAGUUCUAUGUUCAUCUAAUUGUGCAGCUACCAAUAGGGACUGCAAACCCCAUCACUGUGAUAUUUUAAAAUAUGCACAGUCCUAAUCUUUCUAAAUUAUCCUAAUUUCUUUCCCUAGCGGUAUGUUUGUAUCUCGUACUGUUAUUUAUCAACAUUGUUCUUCCUUUCCCUGCUCCCUUCCCUACCCCUCAGUGUGUUUUUUUUAACAGGAAAAUAUAUUAAAGACACUUAGUACACCAUGGACAGAGGAAUUUGGUAUAAUUAUGAUCAGUGAUUAUUUUUUAUACUGUAAGUGCCAAAGCUUUAACUACUGUGGGAGACAACUCUUUUAAUAAAAAGAUUUACAAUCCA